AUGCACCGAGUGAAGUUGAGUAUAGCACUUUCAGAGUGUUUGUCGUCGAAGACACCAAGCCAAAAACAAGUUGACUAUGUUGUGAAAAGUACUUUUAAAGGAGAUGGAGGAUAUGUAACACAAAAAGUGGUUUCACAGAUACAUUCAAUGUUCUUAAAGACUACAAUGAACUCAUUGACUACUUUCCACUCUAUUUCUAUGUUUGGUAAUUUAGAUGUCUUUAAAAGUGUUGAAGAUGUUAUCUUUGUUAAUAAUAAGACUGAAGUAUAUAUGACUAACACUACUCAACUGUCAUAUUGGUGCGAAAGAUAUUCUGUACCUUUAAAUAUGGCAUUACUUUUUCAUAAGAAGUACAACAUCUUUUCGGGAAAAUAUGUUGUACCACAAGGACUCUCAUUACCAAUUUCACUACGAAAUUAUAACACAGUCAAUUUAAUGAACGUUGAACUUAAAAUGAUCUUCCAUUCGUUUGUAAAUUACAUCAAAGACGUUUUGAAUCACAGUGAUAUCCACAAGUCAGUUAAUAAGUCCGUUGUUUUAUCUAUAAUGGAAGCUAAUAAUAUAUUUCGAUUAAUAAAUAACUUAGAAAUAUACAACACCAUUUUGCUUAAUACCAAACUCGAAGUAAAAUCACUUGAAAAGUGGAGACAAGAACUUCUUGAAGUUAUUAACGAUUUUAAGGUCGACAACAGAUUUAAUAAAGUGCAAGUCGAUAUCCCUUAUAUUUUUCUAUUAAAAAACAACCCAGAAGUUAUUCGAAAUUUUGUGUAUGUUUAUCCAUUACCAUCAUCUUUUGAAGAAGCUAAAUAUGGUCCGAAGAAAGAAAAUAGAAUAGUCUUGAAUAGAAGAAAUAUAAAACAGAGUGUAUUUAUCAAUACAUGUGAAAAUGGAAGUGAAGUGAUAAAUACAAAUGUGUGUUACAUCUAUUCUAUAGUUAUAGAAGAUUGA